AUGGAGAAACAAAUAGAAGAAGUAAAACGUCAACUGGAAGUUGUUAACAUAACAAAGGAAGAUUUGGACAAUCUCCGUCAACAAAUGCAAACCUUACAAAAACAAAUUGAUUCAACUAGGGAUUUAUUAAGUGAAAAAAAUCAAAGAGUAACUAAAGUUAGCACUGAAGUUAAUUUAAUGGAAGAAGAUAUUCGCGUAUUAAAUGAAAGUACUAGACAAAUAACUCAAUUGGCGGAUAAUUUAACUGCUAAAGCUGAAAUUAUUAGAAGGGGGGAUACAAAGGGAGCUUCAGAAAUACUUGAAGAAAGCAGUCGAAGUUCAGCUGAUGCAGAAAGGCGUAUUGGACAACAAUUAGAAAUUAUUAGCCAAUCAGAAACUGAUCGCCUAAAAGCUGAGCAAUUAUUGAAUGAACAUAAACGGGACUUUGAUAGACAAUAUGAUGAAAACAAAGCUAGAUUAUCUGAAAUUAGCCAGACGAUAACAACAAUCGGUUCUUCAUUAUCCUCACUCAAUUUGGAAGUUUGUGGUGCCGAAACAGCCCCUUGUGAUCCCAUUUGUGGUGGGCCUGGGCCAAAAUGUUCUCAAUGUGGAGGUGGUAGUUCUUGUCCGGGAUCUGUAUCUAAAGCUGCACAGGCUCAGGAAUUUGCGAACGAAGCAAAGGAAAAAGUUCAGGCAAAAAGGAAAGAUGCUGAGGAGAUAUUAAAAAAUAUACGAGAAAUUCUUCCCAAAACACAAGAAGCACGACAACUAACUGAGAAAGCUUUGGAUAAGGCAAAACAAGAGGCUGAACGUAUCAACACAACACGCAAUGAUUUAUUAAAACAAAUUAACGAAACAAAAGAAUUUUUGGAAGCAGAAAAGCACCGCCCAGAGGAUAUUCGUCAAAAAAUUAAUUUAAUUUUAAAUACUACAAUUCCCUUUAAUGAAGAACAAAUUAGGGAAUUGUCCGAAAAUGUUUGUUUUUUAUGUUUGAGGGGGAUUUUUGUUGAAAUUUUUUCGUCCUUAAUAAUUUUUUGGGGUGGUAUCACGGUGAACGUAUAAAACCAGUGAUGCAAAAGUUCCAAAAUUUUUUAUUAUUCUCACGACUCCCACUUCUUUUUCUUUUACCCAACAUUAGGGGUGAACCUUUGGAAUCGGUUCCGGACCUUUGCCGGUUCCACGGUGUAACAGAGCAGGAACUGGAACUU